GUCACGGGCCAAGCCUAUAAUAAGCCGCUGCCCUUUCCCCUCCUUUUUUCGUGCGUCUCUUUCACAGCAGUCGGCUCCGGAUCUGAGGAGGGUCUCUCUCACACUCAAGAGCCUGGACGGACCAUGGCAGGAGGAAGAUCCAGCUCGAUGCCGGAAAGAGAUUGAUCCCAGGAGCGGCAUCUCCAUCGGACAGGAAACAGAAUAGCAGAGAACUUUCUACUGCUCCGGAUCCAUGGUCAAGGGCACCCACGGGGGCAAACUGAAAGAUGGUGCCGGUGCUGCUGCCUCCUCCGGCAGUGGUGUGGCGGCCGAGGCAUCCACCAGCACGGCUGCUAUGGCUGAAACCUCAAGAACAGCAGCGGCACGGCGACAACCUCCGAGCGGUGUGGUGAGGAGAGGGCGUCUAUCUCCUUCGGCUUUGUCUGUUGCUGUGUUUCUAUCGAAGAAGGGGAAACUUGUGCGAAAAAAGGCAGGCAACGCAAGCGGACUGAAUAGGCUGGGGAGCGUGUUAGCGGAUCCAUGUGUACAAUCACACAGAUUUACACUAGCAGAGUUGAGAAAGAUCACACAUGAUUUCUCUGAUGAGCAACUACUUGGCGAAGGCGCUUUCGGCAAGGUGUAUAAGUUUAAAUUUAAACAGGGAGUCCUACAAAAUGGGGAUACAAUUGCUGUGAAGAGGCUGAAGUUGACAAUGGAAGUAAUUCAUCAGGAUAAGCAAUAUGAGAAUGAAGCCCGCCAUCUGAUGAGGCUUAAACACCCAAAUAUAGUGCAACUUGUAGGCUACUGUUCUGCAACAGAGAAGAAACUUGUGCGACACAACGGGAUAUUCGUUUACGCUGAGAAGUUUGAAAGGUUGCUUUGCUUGGAGUACCUGCCUAAAGGAAACCUUUGUGGGCAUCUUUCAGAUGAAUCUUCCGGACUUGACUGGAGCACCCGCUACAAAAUUAUUGAGGGAAUUUGCUAUGGUUUACAUUAUCUUCAUGAGGAGUGGCAAGAUACCCCUAUAAUUCACAUGGACCUGAAACCUGCAAACAUAAUGCUUGAUGGCAAUAUGGUGCCAAAAAUUGCAGAUUUCGGUUUGUCCAGGCUCUUUGGUGAAGAUCAAACUCGAACAUGCACUAGCAAUUGUAAGGGAACAAGGGGUUACAUGGCUCCAGAAUACAUAGACAAGGGUAUAAUCACAAAAAAGUUAGACAUAUUCAGCUUGGGGGUGAUAAUCAUAGAAAUAAUGACGGGGCGCAAGGACUACCCUCUUGAUGAGACCGAAACAUCAUCCCAGCAAUAUAUUGAGCUUGUGCUUAACAAAUGGAGACAUAGGCCCAGAAAAGCACCAGGGUAUACAUCUGGAGAUAUUGAUUACGAACAAAUAAAAAGGUGCAUUCAGAUUGGUCUACUCUGUGUGAAAAAAGAUGAGGUGAAAAGGCCAACAAUAAGCCAAAUUAUCAAGAUGCUUGAUGGAACAGAAGGUGCAGAAGUAGAAUGCAUCGACGAAAGAAAGGAUUGUACUAGUUCGAACCGAAGAACCUUCUCUAGCUCAUGUCCAGAAAAUGGAACAACUAAUGCUUAUUCUUCAUCUACUCCUGAUGAAGCAUUCUCAUCUGACAAAUUGGCUGCACAAGAUGGUGAUGAUUCUGACUAUGAGGUAUUUAGAGUCAAGAGACGGUCUACCAUAGUUCUGGAGAAAAGAUGUUCAGAAGAUGUAACAACAAAUUUAACUGAGAAUCAGGUUUUGAGACGGUUAAAGAAAGGGUUAAAGAAAGCCCGUUCAGAUGACAGAAAAGAGAGGAUGGCAACAGAAGUAUCCUUUGGUACAAGAAGUGACAGUCUGCAUAUUAAAUCACAUUGCAUUGACUCUGUUUCUGGAAACAGAGAUAACUUUGUCAAUGGAACCAAAUUGAAGAUGAUACAUCAGUUAGUUGUAAAUACUGUGGAAGAUGAAGUCCGUUUCAGCCAGAAAUCUAAUGGUUGCAGUUACCAACCCCCAUCUGUAGAUCUUGGGCCAAAACGCGUGAAAAUUCGCCUUCGGAAGGAGCACAAUUUCUGAAGUGCAAAUAUCUUAACAGACCAGGAGGACAGCGACAUGGCUAGUCAGCACACUCAAUGAAGUAUGCUGCUAUUGGUGCUAACUGCUAACACCAUGCCUCCAACAGAGACACUGUUAUGACUGGAUUAAUGAUUCUAUUACCGGGCCACCUAUGUAGCAUGGGACAUGAAAGCUAUAGGCAGACAGUUUUUCUUACCAUCCUAAGUUGUACAUCUUCACUUAUUUCCAUUUCUUGUAGGUUUUCCACUGUGAAGAGGUUAGUCUAUUACUUUUAACAAUUACUUUCAUUCUUUUUCCACCACAGAUACACAUGUACGUAGAAUGCUUAAAUAGAUCCACAUACGAAAUGGAUAUUGUACAUUUUUAAUGAGUUAAUCUACAUUCUACUGGUCUUUCCUUUUCUU